AUGGAAAAUCGAGGUCUACUUGGGGAAGAGCGCUCACAGAGAACAUUCGACUCUCGGAAAUUGGAUCUGACUGUGCAAGUGAAGAUUGCCCAACUGCGAGCACAUGAAGCAGCACCACAUUUGCUUACUCAAUCUAGUCGUGAAAAAGGAAUCAUACCAUUGGAAAUUACACGCUGCGCCGCGGCGGGCGUCUUUCCAUGCUAA